AUGGACAUGUUCUUGCAAGUAAAUCCCAAGACAACAAAUAAGUUUCCAAUCAUGGUGAAGAAAUCGUGGUCAAGGCAAAAAUCCUAUAAGCACAAGACCAUUUUAUGCAAGACGACUAAUGAGGUAGCAUUUCGAAAAAAGAUCAACUUCUAUGAAGUUCUUGCUCUUGGAUCUCGGAAUGUAGGGUUUGAUGAGAUAAAGAAAGCUUAUAGAAGCAUGGCUCUACAAUACCACCCGGAUCUAUGUCUUCCAUCAGCCAAAGAAGAGUCCACAAAAAGAUUUGUUGAGCUUCAAAAGGCUUAUGAGACAUUGUCCGAUCCAAUUUCUCGUAGAAUGUAUGAUUAUGAGUUGGGUUUGGUUAAUUCAAAAGGAUUUGCUUUUGAAGGGUUUCCAUUGGAGGAUAGGAAGAACAGCUUUCCAAGGGAAGUGUGGGAAAGGCAACUGCAUGGAUUGCAUCAACGAUCAUAUGCCCGAAUGGAGAGGAGGAACAAUAAAUAUACAUGUUAA